AUGAAAUAAGCAUCCACCUAGUUCUCAUUUAAGCCUACAGUCUUACCUCAAGUUAUGUCAACUUGCAGAUUGGCUCGCUUCCCUAUGGAUGGAAAACUUACAGAAUCCUUUCAGGAAUCAAACAAAAAAUAAAACAAAUGGUAUUUCAGAAUUCAAACAUAAGCAGAGAAACAAGAAAAAGUUGAAAAAGACAAAGUCACUGAAGAUGUUUAUAUUUAGAUGCAAAAUAAUUAAGAAGAAAUUUGCGAAGAUAUGAAAUAAAAAGACUUACUUGGCCCAGAGUCAGUUAAGAAUUAUUACUAAACCUAUAAAAAAAUAAAUAGGAUCAAGGAGUAGAAUAAUCUCUUUGCGAUUUAGAACUCUGUUCAAACCAAUCUCAUAAUAAAAUCAGAGCAAUUAAAAUUACUUCCUUGCAAGAUGGGAUUAAUCAAAUAGAAGGGAGAAUCCAAAGUAUUGAGUAUAGAAAAUCACAAAUAUGGUGAUAAAUAUGUGGAAGUACUAUCUGAGGGUUUGAGAACUCUCCCUGUAGUUUAGGAUUUCAAUUUUAAUUCAAACAGAAUCAAGGAAAACGGAGCUUCUUUGAUAUUACCUUUAAUUUCCAAAUAAGCGAGGUCUAUUGAGAUGGUUUCGAAUAUAAUCGGAAAAAAAGGAUUGGAACCAGUUUUAAGUGUGCUCCCAUCUUAGACUUGCAAAAUCCAAGUCUUGAAUUUGGAAGAUAAUCAGUUGGGCGAUAUCUUAGCCCAGGAGCUCUUUAAGGCUUUAUAAAAAAAUAAUACCGUCAAAUUACUUAAUUUAUCUAAAAAUCAAAUCACUAAUAUUUCUCACACUUUUAUUAAAUAAAUGAUUGAGACUAAUGACUCUUUGGAAGAGUUGUAUCUUCAUUGGAAUUUACUCAAAGGAAGUGGUGGUGCUGAAGUUUUUAAAGCAUUGAUUACUAAUAAGAACAUCAAAGUUUUAGAUUUGUCUUAUAAUUUAUUAGGAUGUGGUGGUUCAAAUUUAACUCCUGUUCUAAAAUAAUUUUUUGAAGACAAUAAAGAAAUGAUUCAUUUAGACUUAUCAGCAAAUUAAUUCAGUUUAGCAGAUAGUUAAUCAAUUUCAGAAUCUUUAAAGGAAAAUCAUACAAUCUAUGGUUUUCAUUUUUCUGGCAAUUUUGGAUAUGUUGAUUCAAAAGGAUUCUUAAUGAUAUAGAAUGAAAUGAGGAACUUCAAUUAAAUUCAUACAGAUUAUAGAAUUAGAGGAUGUGAAACUCAUAGUAAACCAUAUUCAAAAGGUCCAAGAUCAGAAAAAAUAAUGGAUGUUUGUUGGAUCUGUGAUGGAUGGUAGGGUUAGAAGUUUGAAUGGAUUCCAAAUAAGAGUGGAAAUGCAUCAGAAGAACCAAUAUUCAUUCAUUUUGAUUUUGAGGGAUAUGAAGCCAUAUUUUUAGGGAAACCAGAUGAGAAUGGUAUUUACUUGACAAAUCGAAUGGUACCAACAGGAGAAUUAGAUUAUUUUUAUACUGGAUCUCAAUUGCAAGUUGCAAGUCUGACUGAACCAUAAAAAGUUCAUAAUGAAAAGUUUAGAGUGAGGACUAAAAUAGCAGAUUAAAUUAUAGAUGUGUUAUUGGAUGAAACAAAUCAUCAAAUGAUAAAUAAAGGGAAACCAGUUAUAUAAGAUUGGGAUCCAAAUUAUAAUGUAAAACCAAGGACUUGUGAUCCAAUAUACAUUCCUGCUAAAAUGAAAAAAUAGAAGCGAGUAUGGUCAUAUCCGAUUUCAAUUUGGGCACCUAAAUACAAAUUUGAUACAGAAGAACUAUUGCGUAAAUGCUUUGAGAGAGAUUGGAAUUGUUCUAAGAUCACAAAAUUUGUUAAGAAAACUGAUGAAUAGGAAUAAAUUAAAGAGAUGUUAUGGCAAUCAUAUAAAUCAAUAAGAGAGACUUAUAGAUAUUAUUCAGCCAUAAAUCCAAGUGGUGAUGUAUUCUCUAUGUCUCAAAACCCAACUUCUGAAUUUGUGAAUUAAUGUUAAUUAAUAGAUGGAAAAUAAAUGAAAUUGGCUGAUGUUGAUUUAAAAUUUAUUGCUACUUGUAGUGCUUCAUAAUCAGAUUGGAAGGGCAAUUUUAGAAAUCCCGAGAGAUAUUUAGUCAGAUAUUAGAUGAUGGAAUUUUUAGUGAGAUUAUCAGAGGAUAAAUACAUUAGAAAUUAACCUGGUUCUCCAUCAUAUGUAUAAGCCACGCGAAUGAUAUUAGAUUAAUGUCUACCUCAUAUGUCUUAAUAUGAUUCUCAUAAAUGGAGAAUGGAAAGGUACUUUAUAGAAUAAUGUGAUGAUGUAUGUAAAAAAUACAAACAAGUAAUUGAUUAUGUGUACAUGCAUAAUUCAUAAAAAAAGGUUAAGCCAGGACAAGCACCAUUCAUGUGUCUAGAUGAAUUGAAGGAUGUGUGUAAUAAGGCCAAUCUUUUUGAUGAAAAUUUUGUUGAAAGAGAUGUUAAUUUAGCAUUUUGCUUAUCUAUGUUGACAUAAGUUGAUGAAUUAGAAAGUGAUAGACUAUUUUAGAUGUAAUGGAUAGAAUUCAUGGAAGCAUUGGCGAGAAUAGCUGAUAAAUACUCUCCAAUUGGAAUUGGAAAGCAAAGCGAAAAAGAAUGGACCUAUGAAUAGAGGUUCGCACAGCCUCUGUACUAUAAACUAGAAGCUUUUAUGGUUCAUUUGAUUCAUACUUCAGUCGAUGAAGAAACUAAAAAAAACUGGAAGAUACCUACAGUUUCGAUGUUCGAUAUUAUUGAGGAUGAUGAUUAAUGAUAAUAUUAUAUACUUAUAUUUAACUGAAUUGAGUUACAACUAA